UCCAUGGCGGCCCCAGGUGGCCCCCGCUGUGGCGGCGGCUCCUUGGGCCUCCUGGUCUGGCUCCUUGUCUUUCAGCCUCUUCUCGGUGAGGGUGACGGACCCAAGCAGGCUUCUACAAUGAGCCCCACGUUGCAGGGGGCCCCCUCAACUUCAGGACACUCGAAACCCGUGAAUGUUUCAGCACACGCGGUAUCUCCCGUGCCUCCCAUAACUCCAGUGGGGGCGACUUGGAAACCUGCACAGACUCCUGCUUUUGAACCGCUGCCUCCUGAAGGAACAUGUGGCCAUCGGGUUAUGAGGAUAGUUGGCGGAGUGCCAGCCCCAGAGAGAAAGUGGCCUUGGCAGGUGAGCCUGCAGAUCAACAAUGUCCACAAAUGCGGAGGUACCCUCAUUGCGCCACGUUGGGUGCUGACGGCAGCUCACUGUGUAAGUGGCUAUGAGGAAUAUACAGUGCGGCUAGGAGACACAUUGUUACAGUCGAAUUCCCCAAAUGCAGUGGUCAUUCCAGUUGAAGACGUCAUUUGCUAUAGCUACUAUAAUUCUCACACUAUGAGGCAUGACAUCGCCCUUGCUCUGCUGGCCCUCUCUGUGAAUUAUUCUGCGUACAUCCAGCCAGUGUGCCUCCCUGGAGAGGAUUUUGAAGUGAAAGCUGGGACACUGUGCUGGGCGACUGGAUGGGGCCGAACUUUACAAUUUGAGCCAUCACAAUCACCUACUCUUCAGGAGACUGAGCAACUCAUUCUUCACUACACGAAAUGUAGUAGGAUGGUCAAGAAACAGACAAAUCCAUUUCCCAAGGUAGUUGGUAAAGGAAUGAUCUGUGGUUAUCAUGAAAACAGUGGAGGUCCCUGCAAGUGCUGUUUCCUCAAAUCCAUUUGGGAUCCACUGGACCUGUGGAGAUCCACAUGACAGAGAGUUGGCAGCGGUAAUGAACUCUGGAAGUUUCCCAGCCCCACUACUUCAGGAACCUUCCUCAUUCAUGCUACACCAUGGCCGCACUUUGUCUGCUGGGAAGGAGUGGGUGAAAACAUCCCAGCUGGAUGGACAGUGACCUGCCAAGGUGAUGCUUCAGGAUGCUUCAUCCACAUCUUGGAGAACAUCUUCACAUCAUCCCUAGCAGCAGCAUUGUCUGACACUUUAUCAUAUCAGUAAACAUGGUGAUUGUUGGGAGAGAACGAGGCCUCACCACGUCCGCAUGUGACUCAGUAGUCUGGGUUGGCGAAAGGUCCCCUGCUUCCCGAUGUAGAUCCAUCCAGCUUCUGCCACACAAGCCUUCCUGGGGCAACUCAGUCUUGGAACCCUCUUCCCAGUGCUCCAGUGGCCACAUCCAGGCUCACCCCAAGUUGUGUUGAGACAUUAAGGAGGGUGGAGAUUUCUGAUGUCAACUCAAUAAAUGCUUAGU